AUGCAGCUCAACUACGGGCGUCUAGUGUCUAGGCGACAAGUGAACUCAUAUGAGGCUACUUUUAACUUGUUUUUUCUCGACGUGCGCUUGCUCAACAAGAAGGAAAAUUAUAUUCUCGCCACCGCUGUUGACUUCUGCGUUGCGGAAGGAUGGAGUUUAGUGAGAUCUGCACGUCUUUUCCAGCCAUUUUUAGAAUGUCUAAAACAGAAUCUCUUUUGA